CUGUCUGUGUAGCUUGGUGGUUCUCCAGAAGCACAAGAAACACUUUGUCUCGUGAGGGGGUGUUGACAGGAGGAAGAGGGGGAGGUGGAGGGAGACUCAAUUGGACUGGCCCGGUUAACUGACAUCGCAGACCCUGCAGUGGGACGAGGACAGUGGAGGCCCGAGGAGAGGAGCCUUUAGGCGGGAUAAAGGUGGACACCUUGAGACCCCGCUUGGUCUGGGAGACAUAGGGACACCGGGAGGGGAGGGGAGGGGGGCCCGCAUGACUCCUCUCAAUCCGCAGGCUGUGAUGAUGGUAGUGAUGCACCGAGAGCAGAGCAGCGGAUUCCUGCAGAGCCCCAAACACUGCACCACAACCCCGCACCCGAGUCUGAGCCUCCCGCUGCAGGGACACACGCUACUACUGCCCAGUCUGGAUUUCCAUACCGAUGCUUGAACCGGGUAACGCUCCAUUCAGAUUCCACCCUGUCUGCGGGAUGAGACGGGGGGGUUGCAGCCAGAGACGGAGACCCCAGCUUUGAACCAAGCCUUCGUUUUAAUGCACCUGCUUCGAUGUUCAUGCACCGGUUGUUUUGAGCAAAAGGGGGGAAAGAUGUUGUGGCGAUGCUACCGGGGCAAGCUGUCGGUGUGGGCCGCUUUGUGCGUGCUGGUGCUCUGCUGGUUCUACAUUUUCCCCGGCUACAGACUCCCACGCGAUAAAGAGAUUGUGGAGGAGGUGCUGAGGCAGGGGGAUGCAUGGGAGAAGAACCAGACCGGCAUCGAUUUGUACAGGAAGCUGCUGACGGAGUGCUGCGAUCCGAAGAGGAUGUUCGCAGUCACCAAGGAGAACUCGCCGAUGGGCAAGGUCCUGUGGUACGACGGCGAGUUUUACCACUCCCACACUGUCAACAAUGAGACCUACCCGCUCUUUGUACAGGACAACCCUCUGAAGCUGCCCCUGAAGAAGUGUGCUGUGGUGGGCAACGGUGGCAUUCUGCAACACAGCAAAUGCGGACAGGACAUUGACCAGGCUGACUUCAUCAUGCGGUGUAACCUCCCGCCGCUUUCGAAGGAAUAUGUGGAGGACGUGGGAACCAGAACACACCUGGUCACAGCCAAUCCCAGCAUCAUUGAGAAAAGAUUUCAGAACCUCCUGUGGUCAAGGAAAGCCUUUGUGGACAGUAUGAAGGUCUACGCCUCCAGCUACAUCUACAUGCCGGCCUUCUCCAUGAAGCCUGGCACCGACCCAUCACUGCGGGCGUAUUACGCCCUGGCGGACACCUCCUCCAACCUCACCAUGCUCUUUGCCAAUCCUGAAUUUCUUCGCACAGUGGGGAAGUUCUGGAAAGGUCGUGGAGUCCAUGCCAAACGACUCUCCACAGGGCUCUUCCUGGUCAGCCUGGCCAUGGGGCUGUGUGAGGAAGUGACAACAUACGGUUUCUGGCCGUUUUCUGUCGGCCUGGACGAGAAGCCGGUCAGCCACCAUUACUACGACAACAUCCUGCCCUAUAAAUGGUUUCACGCCAUGCCAGAGGAAUUUGUCCAGCUUUGGCACCUACAUAAAAGCGGCACACUGCGCAUUAAAGUGGGACACUGCCCUCCACAGGAAGGAGGGAGUUAGAGCUGCUUUGAGGAGUCAGUUGGAGUUAAAUGGGCUGCAGGAAACAGAUGAAGACAGGAGGUGGUGACCAAAAUUGGGCGCACAAAUUUCCUCUAUGGAUCCUUCCGCACUUGCAUCUGUGUCCAUUCACACUCCUGCUGUCGUCCCACAGCUAAUCCCUGAUUUCCAUGAGAAUAUCCUCCACCCAGACCAGCACCAUCAGGGACACAUGCAGCUACACACACACAAACACACACACACACACACACACACACACACACACACACACACACACACACACACACACACACACACACACAGACACAAUGUAAAAUAUUCAUACAUUCCCAAAACAUGCCAUAUUCCUUUCUUUUGUUUUUCAACUUUACGUGUGCAUGGACGUGUGUUUGUUUCUAGAAAGCCUUAAAUUGGACUGAAUUUUUGCAGGGACGGAUGAGAGGGGGAUGUGGUCUGUUUUUUUAUGUAUGCUGACGACUGUAUCUGAAUGACAUAUGGGGCAGCUGGACCAAACCCCCCUCCCCCUCUGGGCCUUUGUUAAUCAGAGACAGAAGGAGAAGAGGACCAGGGGGGGUUAUUAAAUGCACUGAAAGACUGGCAAAAUGCAAGAAAGAAGGGAGAGAUAGUGGUUUUCUGGUACCUAGUAGCCUGAAUAGGACAUCAAAUGGAGGGAAGAAAACACAGGCAGGGGGGAGAAAGAGUGAAAGCUGGCUGGUUUGUGUAUGAAAGGACUACUUCUGCUUUUCUUCAACCAACCAAGCGCUUGAUUGGCAUUCUCUGGUGCCAAAUGGAGCUUUAGUUCAAAGCAGGAGCAAAACCAAACGGCGUCUUUAGUACAUAUACCGUCAAAUGUUGAGCCAAGUUGCAUUUUUAAGCCCUUUACUGAAAAGGGAACGUGAGAACAUCCAUGUGUAUUAUUUUCGUGUUUGCCAAAUGAGGCACCAAAUUUGAAUUCUUAUUUAUGUUCAUCGGUGGCCAUGAAUAGAAGGGAGAAAUCAUGAAAUGAGAAUUCAUAGCAAAAAAAACUAUCACACAUCGGUACCUCGCAGACUGACUGUUUGGUACAUUUCAGUCAUUUCAAUUCAAGCAGGCUUCUUAGGUCAAAAACAGCCUGAUUUACUUCUGUAGAGUGUGCCCUUACAAAGAAAUCUCUUAGUAACUGUUCUAAACUUGCCAAGUGCCAAGCCAAGGGAACAGUGGUCUCUUUGAUUCACACUCUCACACUGUCCUUGUGCUCCUGAAAUGCAAGAUAUCUAGUGAGAAGAAGAAGAAGAAGAAGAAGAAGAAGAAGAAGAAGAAGAAGAAGAAGAAGAAGAAAAGAAGAAGAAGAAGAAGAAGAAGAAGAAGAAGAAGAAGAAAAAGAAGAAAAAGAAGAAGAAGAAAUGGGAAUUUUAUCUAGGUUUGACAUUUUCCUCAGAAGUCACACAGGGUGGGAAGUUAACUGGCAUUUCACUGUACUGAUGUGUUCCAGGUUUGCAAGUCAUAUUGAAUCAAACAAGUAAAUAUUGUUUCACUUCUUCCUGAUUGAUCAGUAACCAAAAAGGACAAUGGAUAGUCCAGAUACGGUUAGUUGAAUCAAUAAAUUAAAUAACCAAUUAACAAAAACUUGGCUUAAGUCUUGGCUAAAGUUAGGGUUAGUCAGCUAACAAUAGCUGUGAUUUUAUGGCUUUGAUAGGGACAAAAAAGGUUUGAACUCGCAUUGUGGAAUGGUUGAAUGUGAAGUUAGCUGACAGCAAAAGCAUUAGCAUUCAUACUUCCUAGCUAACACUACAGUUUGAUUGUGUUACACAAGAGAUACUCGUAUUGCUCGUAAACAUUCGAUUGCAGACUGCUGCAAUACUGGUUGAUUAACCCUUCUGUUACCCUCAAAUUUACUAACAUAUUUUAUCCUUGGGGUCAAUUUGACCCCAGCAAUUUAAACCUCCAGAAACUUAUUGUUACCCAGUUUUAUGUUUCAGGUACUUUAUGUUUCUUUUAGAUUAUAAAAAUGUAUGUUAUAGUGACCUCAAUAUCAUCCUAAACAACUGAAACAAAUGUGUUUAAAAUGUUGAUAUUUCUUAUGUUUCAUACAGUUGAAACAGCUUGAGGUCAAAUUGACCCCAAGGAACACUGAUGCGUAAUUAUUUUUUCACAGGAAAUUUGAACACAUCAACAUUUUAAUUUUAUGUUUUCACAGUUUUCCCAAUUAAAUGAGGAAAAGUCAUGAAAUAUGAAGCCAAAAAAAUGAUGCUAAUUAAUAAUUUAGAGACAUUCAAUGAAUGGGGUCCAACUGACCCCAAGGAUAAUAGGAGGGGUAAAUAUAUUGUCAUGAUUUAAAACAGGCUGACAACUGACAUUAUUAGAACUCAACCACUUCCUAUCAAACUUUACAGUUAGAUUGUGUAACACUGUAAACUUGUAUUGAUAGCUAGGUUAAUCAAAUGUAAAUGUUUGCUGUUGUGCACUAGCAUCCAUGACUCAUCAAAACUAUUAGACUUACACAAGAGACAAGGCAUAAAUCCUAGCUUAUAGUAAUUUUAGCUAGCUAAUGUAACAUAGGAACUUGUUUGGAUGCUAACAUUAGCUGUUGUGACUUAGCUGACAAUAUUUUUUGAAGACACUCAAGGCUAUAUUUUUAAGGUAAAACAUUGGGUAAUUGCUAAGUCAUAACACUUGAGUUUGCAUUGAACUAGUUUUAAGCUUAAGCUAACAUGAGUUUUAGCUAACAAACAUUUCUUUAAGGUUGAUUUCAUGCCUUUCUUGUUGUGUAUUUUGUAACUUAUGUUAUUUAGGAAGUAGUGACUGUUAGCUGUUGUUUAAUGGCAACUGAAGUUUUCAUAACUUGCAAAUCUGUAGUCCACAAGUAUGAUGUGAAAACAGCUUUAGUGCUUCCCACUUUGAGUUUAAAGUUGGAGGAAGAUAAAUACGAUGAACUGUUGACUUUUUUUUUUCAUAUAUGUGUGAGUAUCAGCGUUAUAAUUUUCAAUUUUGCAUCAGACUACAGGCAGAACUGAGCCUCUACUCUGUGCUCCAUUUUUAACAUUAAACAUUUUUAACAUUUUUUUUAGCACAAGGGAAAUAACACACAAAGUGAAAGACCUUUUUUGGUACUUGCAGAUCUUGAGGAUACUUGAUAUGAAAUUGCUGUGUCUAUAAAAUGUUAUUUAAGCGUGAUGGAUGUGACAGUGCCAUUGUCUUUGCCGCAACAAAGGAUGACUGCAUGGAAAGUGCAUGGGAGGUACUACCCUCAAAACAACUUGUCUGACUCAAGGUAUCUAACAUGCUGUGCGUCAUACUUUCAUCCACUCCUUGUCUGUUAAACUGAGUAAGGUCUCAUACCUCUUUGAGAUGCAAUGACCAUUCAAUCAAGGGAUAUUUCUGAUGCUACGUCAUAAUAUUACAUGUGUUAAAAGUACGAUUUUUCUCAGCCAUGCUUGGCUCUAUGGACCAGUUGGACAGUACGUGGAAAUGAUGUCAUGUAAAAUUAGCCUAACGAGAGCUACAUGUUGGACAAAGUUGAUAAAAGAAAAUGUACCAAUUUCUAGUCCAAAUGCACAUGUGGCUCUGCAGGAACUGAACUUGAUGAACACUUUGACCAAUAUGCUUUUAAUUGUGAUGUUUCUUAUUUGCACCUUUUAUUUUUUCUCUCAUGCCCAGUAUUGUGAAUGAAUGAGAUGUGACUUAGUGUGCAUUUUUGAGUAAGCAUGAUGAUUUUUAAAGUGUAUGUGCUUUUUGGUACACAGAUUUGUAUCUAUUUCCAUGACCCUCUGAUUCAUGGCCUCAUUCCAUCCAUUAUAUCUAAGUGAUUCCUAAAAGAUCUUUUCAAAGCUUAGAUUUCUUUCCAGAAGGGAGAAGAAUCAGUUGUGUAAAUAUCAGACCGUUAGCAUUAGUUAGUCCAGAUCUGUGGUCCUUCCUUGAUAAUGUUCUUAUUUAAAAGCAAUGGAUGUCCUGCACUAAGCUGAGCAGGUUGAAAUAAACUGCAUUUAUUGCUAACAGAAAA